CCUUUUGUAAAAAAAGAAAAGUGUGAAAAGCCUUGUUUGUUUGGAGAGGGGAAAUAUUAUCCCUUCCCUUCCCUCCUUGAACGUUGAAGAUCGAGUGGGUGAUUUGGCGCCGCCAGAAACAGUGAUAAACACUUCCAGGAAACUGAUUUGCUUUGGAAUUAAUGGAGGCCAAAUAUUUUCGCUUUCUUAAGAUUGUGGGCGUCGGGUACAAAGCUAGAGCUGAAUCUGCAGGGCGUCUAUUGUAUCUCAAGUUGGGGUAUAGUCAUGAGGUGGAAUUAUCUGCGCCUCCUGCUGUCCGUGUUUUCUGCUUCAAAAACAAUGUAAUUUGUUGUACCGGAAUAGACAAGCAAAGGGUGCAUCAGUUUGCAGCUACUGUUCGCAAUUGUAAGCCACCUGAAGUUUACAAAGGCAAGGGCAUAAUGUAUACAGAUGAAGUUAUCAAGAAAAAACAAGGAAAGAAGUCUAAAUGAUCAUAUAGUCUUGGUCCAUUUUGUGAAGUCUACGACUCAGGUGCACAUUUGCUAGACCCUGCAGAUUUUUUUUACCUGUAGCCUUUGGACAAUUUCAGUGUUAAAAUUCUUAAACAGAGCCUCAUGGAUAAUCAAGUUUCAAAUAACAACAUUUUUUUCCUUCAAUAUGAUUGAUAUGUAUCGUUUAAAGUUAUGACUCGUUUUUUCGGCUACUUUAGAAUGUCCCAUGUGCAAUGGGGAUGGGGUGUUUCUGACCUUUCUCCUCUUGUUCCCUUCUACUGACAGUUGAAAUAUUAUUACAUGGUUCAUUUUGAAUUUUACCUCGCAUCUUUAUUUUCA